ACUGAGAAGCACCUUCAAAUCCUAGAAAGCCCUAGAAGAAUGAACUGCCUCCUGCUGAAGCUGCUACUGUGCGUAGCCCUCACCGCUGCCUUACCGAUUGAUAAACAAGAUGAGCCCCCAGCAACAAAUGAAGAAAUGGCUGAGAAUUACUUGAAGAGAUUUUAUGGUCUUGAAACUGAGGGGGGACCUGUUGGAGGAAAGAAAAACAUCCAACUGUUCACUGAAAAGCUCCAGCAGAUGCAGAGAUUUUUUGGCUUAAAGGUGACAGGAACACUGGACCCCAAGACAGUAGAAGUAAUGCAAAAACCUAGAUGUGGCGUCUAUGAUGUUGGCCAGUACAGCACAAUCCCAAAAAGUUCUACAUGGCAGAAGAAAGAUCUAACUUACAGAAUUCUAAACUUCACUCCUGACCUGCCUCAGGCUGAUGUGGAGACUGCAAUGCAAAAAGCUUUUAAAGUUUGGAGCGACGUGACACCUUUGACCUUUACAAGACUCUACAAUGAAGCAUCAGAUAUAGAAAUCUCAUUCGCAGCUGGAGAUCACAGAGACAAUUCUCCUUUUGAUGGAUCAGGUGGAACUUUGGCCCAUGCCUUUCAGCCCGGCAAUGGCAUUGGUGGAGACGCUCAUUUUGAUGAAGAUGAAACCUGGACAAAGACCACUGAAAUAUAUAAUCUGUUUCUUGUUGCUGCCCAUGAAUUUGGACACUCGCUGGGACUUUUUCAUUCCACUGAUCCAGGUGCUUUGAUGUAUCCAACAUACCCAAGUACUGACCCCAAUGCAUUUCAUCUUCCUCAGGAUGAUAUAAAUGCUAUACAAUAUCUAUAUGGAAAAUCCCCCAAUCCAGUCCAACCAACUGGCCCAACAACUCCUUCCAGAUGUGAUCCAAACACUGUUUUCGAUGCUGUCACUACGUUGCGAGGAGAACUGAUUUUCUUCGUGAACAGGUUUUUAUGGAGAAAGCAUCCCCAAGCAUCCAAGGCUGAACUCAUAUUUAUACAAGCAUUCUGGCCAUCGCUGCCCAAUACGAUUGAUGCUUCUUAUGAAAAUCCAAUAACGGAGCAGAUCCUCGUGUUUAUAGGAUCAAAUUAUUCAGUUCUUAACGGCUUUGAUUUAGUACCUGGUUAUCCCAGGGACAUCUACGGACUGGGAUUUCCAAGGACCGUGAAAAGUAUUGAUGCGGCUGUUUAUAUCGAGCACCUGGGGAAAACAUAUUUCUUUGCGGAUGGUAAAUACUGGAGAUUUGAUGAAGAUAAACAACAAAUGGACACUGGCUUUCCAAAGCUAAUAAGCAAUGAUUUUCCUGGAAUCCCUGAUAAAAUUGAUGCAGCUCUUUAUUAUAGAGGCCGCCUGUAUUUCUACAUUGGACCGAGCCAGUUUGAAUACGACAUCAACUCUAAAAGAAUUUUAGAGGUUUUAAGAAGCAACAGCUGGUUGGGCUGUUAACGAGAUGGAUGUAACGGAGGACAAUGUCGACUGUGAUUGCAGCUCAAUAUUAAUUCAUAUUUUGUAAUACUGUUGCUGUAAUAAAUAUUGUUCUGCUUA